AUGACGGAGAAACUGUCUGUCGAGGAGUGCCAGGCGCACAUCAGAGACAUCCGCAACAGCCAUGGCGCAGACGCGCGCAACGAGAGCGAGAGAUUCCUCCGCAGAGGCUAUGAGAGCAUGUUGAAGUUCGAGCCGAGCCAUUUCCUCUUCGAGCUCAUCCAGAAUGCCGACGACAACACUUACGCCGACGGCGAACAACCCCAAGCCACCCUUGCAUACCGGCCUGACGGUCUGUUGCUGUUUGGAUGCAACGAACAGGGCUUUUCCAAGGCCAACGUGAGCGCCAUCUGCGACAUGAACCAGAGCACAAAGACUCUUUUGAAAGAGGGCAAGAAGAGCUGCAUUGGCGAGAAGGGCAUCGGCUUCAAGUCCGUCUUCAAAGUGGCCGACCAAGUUUUCAUCAGGUCCAACAACUUCUCCUUCAUGUUCGACAAGAAUACCCUACUGGGCAUGGUUGAUCCUGUAUGGGCUAAGUUUCCAGACUUCCCCGAACAACUCCAGAUGAACACCAUGAUCUGCUUGAAGAUCGAGAAGCAAGAGGAUCGUGAUGUGGUCAGGGAACAGCUGACAAGAGUCCUCGAACCUUCAUCGUUCAUGUUCCUGCGUCGUAUUACCAAGGUCAGGAUCGUCAGGCUCGAAGACUCCGGUGACACUUUCGACGAGCUGAUCAUGUCUCACGAGCAUCGACCCUUCGCCGACGACCUUCAGAUUGUCACAACAACGAAAAGCAAGGGCACAAAGUCGUGGAAGUCGCGCUACAUCCUCUCUGACUACAUUGCUCGCGAGAUGCCUUCGACUGAGCUUAGACAGGGUGUCACCGAGACAUCGAUCAAGCUGGCAUUUCCCAUUAGCGAUCAGCAACAACCUCUCAUCGCCAAGCGUGACGUCUAUGCUUUCCUGCCCGUCUGCUCCUCUGGCCUUCCCUUCCUUAUCCAGGCCGACUUCUUGCUCGUUGCCAGCAGACAGGGUAUCGACGAAUCUCAGCCCUGGAAUCGUCGCCUCCAAGAUCAUAUGGUUUACGCGCUCAUCCAAGCCUUUCAGCGGCUUAACGCUACUCGCUUGAAGUACCUCUGGCCUGCCUACCUCCCGGAAGCCCAAGUUGCUCUCAAGUUCUUCGACAAGCUGAAAGACAAGUUCUUGGACCGCGUCAAGGAUGUCAAGAUUCUGGAAUCGCGAUCUGGUGAACUUGCCAAACCCAAGGUGAUGAUGUUGGUGCCCGAUCAGUACAAGGACGAAGAUGGAACCCCUUUAUUGACGCCUGCCAACGAUCGAUACCUCUCUACCAAGUAUGACACGAGCCAUGUCUCCUCGCUGGUCACACAAGCACUAGACGACAAAAAGUUCUUCGACAUGCUCAAAGUUUAUGUCUCGAAACAGGCUGAAGAGUUUCGCAACAAGUCUGACUCAUGGCACGGUAAAGUCUCCAUCGUCCUAAUGGCAGGACAGAAUCAGUUCAACCUCACUGAACUUUUGAUCAUGCCUGUCGUCCCUCUUGACGAUGGCUCGUGGAUUAAUGCCAUGAGCCGUCAUAAAACUUCUUACUCUAGGGUGGCCAACAGAUCAGCCCCGUCUACGACCUUCUAUCUGCCACGUUCUGAUGCUAACAUUGUCAUUCCCAAGGGCGUGUCGCUGUCUAUUGUUGAGCACAAAGCCUCUCGCAAUGAAGAGCGCAGGGUCUUCUUCCGUUGUAUCGGGGCUCAGGACCUCGACUACGAGGACGUGCUUCGAGGCAUAAUCAAGCAACACAAGGAAUCACUAUCCAAUGCUGACGUUAAUCUCUUGCUCUCUCAUGCUCAGUACGUCUUCAGUAUGCCGUCGGCGUCAAGAUUGGCGCAGAACCUGAGCACAAUCCUUUGGCUUGCAGACUCGCGAGGCGAACAGUCUCGUGGCAUUGAGCUCCAUAUGGAUAACCCAUUUAAGCCGGCAGUCAGUCAGAUGUUCUUGACCAAUCCCACAGUGGCUCGUUUCAUCCAUCCCAAGUACUUGGAAGUUUACCAAGGAAACCUAGAGCUCCGUGCGAGAUGGUUGGCAUGGUUGCGUGAGUGCUUGGGUGUACAUGAUGUUCCUCGCUUGUCGAACAAGACGAACAAAGGCCUAUCGGUCGAGUUCGAAUGGCUCGUCAAUAACCUCCCGAGUGUACAGUGGCUCGCUGUUAUCAGACACAAUUGGGACGACUACCACCUCCAUCAAGUCCCAAAGCUAGGCGACAUGAGGAUUCCGAGCCAAGACGUCCGCAACAAGAUUGCAUCUCUGCCUGUGGAUUGCACCGAUGGUAGGAGAGCGAAACUUCAAGACACCAUCCUUCCUACUUUGCGCUCCGCUGUCAUGACAAUCCAGCACAUGGGCUUCCAUUUCCUUGAUAUCAAGGAUGAACACAACGGCGAAUGGGCCAAAUUUUCGACCUUUGGUGUUAUCACUCAUCGUGAUCUGGACUUUUGUCUGAAGCUAUUGAUGAAAUUCCCGGCAAGCGGAGUCACCCCUGACAAGAUGACUGUUAUCAAGUUGUACAGAGAUAUCCACAUCUUCUGUGAGUCGAGUAUGAGUGCAAGGGAGCGUACUCGUGCUGCUUUCAAGGAUCAUCCCUUGAUUUUCCUACCCGACAAUUCGAAAUGGGUUCACCUGCAAUCCUGCGUCUGGGAGGCUCCUCCGUGCCUGCGCAAGGUUCGUCCCAUUGCACAUAUUUAUGGACCUGUCCAAUCGUUUUUCAAGAACAUCCUCAACUUGCAUGAUGCAGGUAUUGGAGACUUCGUCAAUGAACUGAUCACACAUGACAAUGUCAUCCCUUCCACCGGUCUGCUCAAGGAGCUGUUGCUCGAGCUCGGCAGCAGAAUAAAUCCCCGCCUGACGUAUGAUCUUAAAGCACUGGACAGUCGUAGAAUCUUUCCUGUCGUCAACGCACAGAAGCAGCGAGUCCUCAUGGCUGGAACCGAUCCACAAUGGUUCAUUCCUGAUGGCCGAAAUCUUACCACAUCCUUCAGUGGCAUCAUACCUCUUCUAGACUUCUCGCUAGGUGAACAGAAGAGGCUGGAAUCCCUUUUGNAGAAGAUGGGUAUCUGGGGCAGACAUCUCUCUGAAAAGGUUGCGAAGCGAGAAGUUGUUGAAGGCAAGGACCAAGCCAUGAAGGACGCAGCUCACACCAGAAAGUUUCAGGUGAAGGCACACUAUCUCUUGUGUCUGACGAACCCAGCCGAGAGAUACAUCCUAAAGCCUCUGCUCGAAAGCAUAGAAAUCUGGGCUGUGAAGUCGAUCAAAGUGUACCGCUCUAUCCGCCUGGACAACCAGGAGAUUUGUGGCAAACCUAUGCCAGCCAACAUCAUGCUAGACAAGGACCAGCGAAUCUUCGUGCCUAUGAAGGAUCUUGAGGACAAUGAGCUCAACUACUACGAGCUCUCAGAGAAAUUGAUCACCCUGUGCAAGCUCGAGAAAGUGGCCGAAAAGCUACCACUUGGCAUCCUCUCCAUGUCAUCCAUCCAGCAAAUUGAGGAUAUGCUGGAGGAGCACGGUGUCAUCUUCGACAAGCUUGAACUACGCAAACUGACUACCAAGAUUGUUGACGGUUCCACCGGCGCCAUGCUAUCUUCCAGGCGCAAGUCUCCUGAAAACAGUCGUCCAGAGAUGGUCACAGAUGAUGGCUCCUCAAUUUCUGGUGACAGUGAUUUGUCUUCUCUGGCCGCCCUCAAGGACAUUGGCGUCCAUAUCAAGGUUGCGCGCAGACCAAAGCCAGUUGCAGCUCCUCGUAGCAAUGGUCGCAACUCCAAUGGAAUACCUCGCAUUGAACGAGAGUCCAGCACCGACGACAAUGACACAGAGCAGCACUCUGAUGAUGGAGACUGGGAUAAGGACUCGGCCCCUAUGUCGACUCGUGCUGCUCCUUCCAGACGAUUUGACAAGUCUGACAACAGCAAUGGAAAUGGUAAUGUAAAUGGCAACGUCUAUCGUAUGAGGUCGAACAUUGGCAAUAGCAUUGCCAUGUCUGACGAGGAUAUCAACGAGAUCGAUGGCGAGGCAGGCGAAGAUAGCAGAGACUUGACCCAGCGGACACAGACUUCAGAGUAUCGCAAACAGCUGAGCGUUACACAAAGCACUGUGGAAGACCCUCAGGCUAUCCGGAUCGGUGAGCAAGGCGAAAUGAAGACUCUUCUGGGUGGCUACUUCACAGACGACAUGUGGACCAGUCAUGCCAGUACCAAAUACACUGACCUGAAGUUCAGCGGUGACGAUAGCCAAUUCGCUGACUUCACUAUUCGUGAUCUCAGUGGUCGUAUGACAGACUGGCUUGUCAAGGCUACUUAUGGUCCACGUCAUGAGCCGUUUCACAUGAGCCAGAACCAGAUUGACAUGGAACAUCGCCUACAGGGUGAUGGGGUGCCGAACCGAGUUUACGUGAUCAUGCGCGUAUCGAACUUGGCAGGCAACGGCAGCGGCGGAAGUGCUCAGGUUCAUCCUUUCGUCGAUCCAUACAGUCUGUUUGAGCAGGGCGAUCUGAGCUGUAUCUCUCAAGGAGGGUACUUGGUCUAUUCUGAUUUGAAGUCUUCUUGA